AUGAGACUUUUCAACAGUAGUGACUUCCAAACUUUGUUGCUUUCUGGUUUCCCUGGCUUGGAGGUUUAUCAUCCUCAGAUCUCCAUCCUCUUCUCUGCCUUAUACCUAAUUGCCAUUAUAGGCAACAGCAUCAUACUGAUAGUGAUCUGGGUGGAACAAUCACUGCACGAACCCAUGUACAUCUUUCUUUCCAUGCUGGCCAUCAGUGACUUGGGCCUCUGUGCCACCACCCUACCUACGAUGGUAAAGAUUUUCUGGUUCAAUGAUCGUGCAAUACACUUUGAUGCAUGUCUUGUCCAGAUGUACUUUAUACACAUUUUCUCCAUGAUGGAGUCCGGUAUCCUACUCUCUAUGGCUUUUGACCGCUAUGUAGCCAUUUCCAAUCCUCUCAGAUACAGUAGCAUCCUGAACAAUGCUAACAUUGUGAAAAUUUCUCUAGGGUUUGUGUUAAGGGCAGUCAUUGUCCUCAUCCCAGCCCCUGUCCUCAUUAAGCAACUAAAAUUUUGUGAGGCCAAUGUGCUUUCCCAUUCCUACUGUCUACACCCAGAUAUCAUUAAACUCUCCUGCUCUGACCACCAUAUUAAUAGCUUCUUAGGUCUUGUUGUCAUUAUCAUUACAUUUGGAGUUGACUCUGUGCUCAUCCUGCUAUCCUAUAUGAAAAUUCUGACCACAGUGCUAGGUAUUGCCUCCCAGAAGGAAUGA